CACAGUUCAGCUCCUCACUCAGCUCUCAUUCACGCACCCGCUCACACACUCUUCAAACUCACACACAGACCUUCCUACAGACACGCUUGCCUCAAACCUGCUCAGCUGCUGUGGGUGGGAGUACAAUCAAAACACAGCUUCUGACCAAGAAAACUCCUGUCUCCUUCUGACUGAGCCACGCUUCUCCAUCUGUAGGACGGGAGUGCUUCACACUGUGUAAAGCUUCCGACAGUGGCAAUAGAAAGAAGGAAGCUCCCCGGACUCCCCGACCCGGACCCCAUCCCAAAUAGAGCAGCAGAUGUGACUGAGAAGGAGAGGCGGAGAGAGAAACACAAUCUGCCCCGCUCCCCGUCCCGUCUUCAAGAACAAUACCCUGCCUUCAGCUGGAGAGGGUCAGCUUUUGUCCUUCUCCCCAGGCUGCAGCUCAACUGAAGAGCAGACAGACGCGCUGACACGUUGACCGGCUGCAGCGAAGAGGAGAGGACUCGGCAAAGCAGCCCGCUGCACUCCACUUGCUUUGAUUCAGUACUUGGACAGUUCCCGAGCAACAACUGGAGAGAGCGUGUGAGAGUGUUUUCAGCAGACUGUGGGGCGUCUGGCUCAUGAGGGACUAAAGAUCACAUCUCACUUGCAGAUCAAAAAAGACAAAAAAAAACCAACCUUGAGAUGCAGACACCAUUUUCACUCAAGCUCAACCUCAGUGGUCUCAGUGGUCCUUCUCCGACCCUGGGAUCGGAGGGAAGCACCGCAACUGGCAGCUUCCUGCAGCUGGGAGAGAAGCAGCUCUUUGAGAAGUUUUGGAAAGGGACUUUUAAGGCUGUGGCCACACCGAGACCGGAGAGCGUUAUUGUGGCGAGCAUCACCGCCCGCCGCAGGGUGACCGGCUCAGAAACAACAACAUCCUACCAGCCGCUUCAGACAGACGAUCGGAAAGCUGCUGACAUGAGGGUGGACAGCGCAGACAGGAACGGCUGCAUCAAAGGAAGUGGACGUAAACACCACAGCCACCGCAGGGCCAGAAUCCCUUCCUUUGAUGGUGUCCUCUCCCCUCGGGCGAAAGGGAAGAAGAAGAAGAAGAAAAGAAAGUCUGCGCGGAAGAAAAAAAGAAGAAGGUCUCCUUCACACAGUCUGUCACCAGUGAGGAAGAAGAAAAAGAAGAAGAAGAAGAGCACUAAGAAAAGCAAGCAUCAUAGGUAUACCUCUAAGAAGUCAAAACACAGCUCUUCAAGUUUAAAACGUAAGAGGAAGGAUGAACGCAAGCACAAGAAAAGUUCACGGACUCACUCCUCACGUCGGAGGCGGCACUACAGGAGGUCGGAGUCGUACGCAUCCUCCUCCAGAUCCUUCACGGGGGACAGACACCUGCAGAAGUCUGUGGUUCGUCAGGCUUUCAGAGCCAUGGGAGGGGCUGGAGAGGAAACCCGAGCAGCGCUGAACCCCACCGAAGCAAAGUGGAGACAUGCAUCUAAAUCUGUGUGUAAAACGGCUCCUAAAUAUCGCUCCAUCCUCUCAGCGGGCAUGAUUUUGUCGUUGAAGCCUGGAAGCGAGCUUUUAAAUGGGAAAGGAGCUCAGGAUUUUUCGAGUCACGCCAAAGGUACAUGUGACUACGACUCUGGUAACGACACAUCCUCACCUCCAUCGAGCAAAGCUGGUGUUUCUCGAGCAAGUGUCGCUGAAAACCAGAGGAACUGCUGUCAACGUCUUACCUCACCUCCUGAGAAGCAACGCUUUGCUGACAGAGACAACGGCUCCGAUUCAGGGAACUCUGUGACAAGCUACGCUUCCUCAUGCAAACCGUACGGGGAACAUGGCUUCUCUGCUACCAUUUUCAGUGGAAACAGCAAGAGUGGGCAGAUAACCUUGGGAUGUGAGGAAGAAGUUGUGAGAUGCCCGAAGGCAGCUCGAUGUGCGCAGAGGAGGAGCAGGUCGUCGCGAAAGCGGCGGAAAACGCAGUCCUCCUCCAGCAGUAGGAGCAGAUCUUCAGGGACUUCCAGGUACUCUGGACGCUAUUCUCGAAGCCCUUCGAUGUCGUCAAGCAGCUCGUACUCUCGUUCCCUGAGUAACUCAUCAGAUGUGAGGCGAAGAGGCAGCUUGGUCAGCUUGAGCUCCAGAGGAAGCUACUCCAAAUACAGUGCUGACAGACUACGAGACAGAAAGCGGCAGUCCAGUUCCAGAGAGACAAAUCUGAAGCACAUGCAUAAGGUUAGUGGAAAGAGACGAAGACGCAAGUCCUACUCUCCUAUGAAGAAGAGGAGGAGAGACUCUCCAAGCCAUCUGGAAGCGCGCCGCAUCACAAGUGCCAGGAAGCGACCCAUACCUUACUUCAGACCCAGCCCUUCCGCCAGCAGCCGCUCCACCAGCGUGUCGUCAUGGAGCAGCCUCUUCACACGAAGACGCAGUCGCAGUCACAGCCGCAGUCGCAGUUGCAGUCGCAGCUACUCUUCCUACAGAAGCUACAGCCGGAGCUCAUCGUGGAACUCCAUCUUUGGGUCCCACAGUCGCAGCCGGAGUCGGGGUUCUUUGAGGAAGCGAAGGAAAGCCCGGCGUUAAUGUUUUCCUGUUCAGAGACAGAAACUACAUUUGUAUUCGUGGUCAGAACAGAAGCUGUAGGGACUGAUGCUUGGACUAAAAUAUCCCAGCAUUUCUUCAAGGCCAUCUGUCAUUGAGAUAUUUCUGCUUUAACAUAAACAUUUUUACUUUUUGUUCCUGCACAUCAUCUUCUUGCACCAGCAAGAGAAAUUGCAUUUCCGUAUUUGUCAAACCAACGUCCAUGUUGAAUAUGUCCAACUGAGAUGCAAGUUUGUGCACUUCUCUCUAAUUCUUGUGUCUUAAUGCUUAGAAUUAACUUAAUAUGUUAUUAUGUAUUAAUGUGGAAAAAAAAACCCAUUUGGUUAAAACCAGGCCCAUGAAGCACUGAAAUUACUUAUUCCAUUUAG